UGAGUUGUGCGACUUGUGAAGAAAUGUCGCAAGUCAGAGUGUAGAGCUCGGUGGGACGGUGUCGCUUUUAAAGUGGAAAAGUCGACGGGACGCGCGCAGAGGAGCUUUGACGCACCAACACCUGUAGGAUUCGGUAGAUGCGCUCCUCUGUUUUAUCAUUAUCACACGUUCCUUUCAUUGGACUGCUGCUGAAACAUGCUCACCUGAAGAAAAAACUGCUUUUUGUAGUGUUGUGUGAGAGCCCACUGGACCUUUAUAGUCAAUUUUGACUUUUUUUGUCUCACUAAAGGGAGGUGGAGACGCUCAGCACCCCCCUCCCUCCGUCCUUUGACUGAAAUCACCAACUAAUUUUGCACAUUGGAGACGCUUGAAGCACUUGAAAUGGAGGCUCCUGAUGGCUACUGUGCAAGUAACGGCCAAUGCUCUCCCGGUAAGGAGAACUCGAGAAUGUUGGAGGAUACAUCAACACCUAAUGGACAGACGGAUCCUCAGGGUCCUAAUUCCCCCUCCAAACUGACAAUUAAGCAGGAAGAAGAAACGGCGGAGGAGGCUGAUAACAGAAGCCCGACACUUGAAGAAAUGGGCCAAACGAGCGAGGAAGGAGCCGCGUUGGAGGGAUCCAUGAGCGGCAGCCCCAGCAACGCACAGGACGGAUUAUCUGAGCCAAACGCCGCCGCUGACGCAGGAAGUCGACAACCAAACGGUGACAGGCCGUUCCAGUGCAACCAGUGUGGCGUCUCAUUCACCCAGAAGGGAAACCUGCUGCGACACAUCAAGCUGCACACAGGCGAAAAACCCUUCAAAUGCCCCUUCUGCAGCUACGCCUGCCGGCGGCGUGAUGCCCUCAGUGGGCAUUUGCGCACUCAUGCUGUUGGCAAACCACACAAGUGUAACUACUGUGGGCGGAGCUACAAACAGCGGACUUCCCUGGAGGAGCAUAAAGAGCGCUGCCAUAGUUACCUGCAGGGUAUCGGCCUGGAUCCGGGCGCCAACACCGGCCCUUACACAGGCGAGGCUCCUAAAGAGCAGCGGCCCGUGGCGGAGCCCAACAACGCCAUGGCGACCUUCGAGCGGCCGCCCGUUAUCGAACGGCUGCACAGCAACGUGGGCAAGAGGAAGAGCACCACGCCUCAGAAAUUUGUGGGUGAGAAGAUGGUACGCUACGGCUACCCUGACCUCGGCUACGAGAUGGGUCUUAAAUAUGAGAAGCAGGCUGAGAUGAUGUCGGCCCACAUGAUGGACCAGGCCAUCAGCAACGCCAUCACCUACCUGGGGUCGGACACGCUCCGGCCCAUGCUCCACCACCCGGGUCCUCUCUCCAUGGCCGAGGUGGUUCCCAUGGUCAACCCGCUCUACCACCACGUCCUGCCGAUGGGCCAACGAACUGACCGUCCAGAAAACUGUGACCCGCCACCACCACAGCCACCUCAACCUCACGCCUUCCCCGGCCACCCCACCACAAACGGCCCCAGCGGCGCCGCACCGAGGCAGGGGAGGCUUCGCCACCCGGGGCAGGAAGAGUCCCCCAGCAACAGCGGGGUGGAUUCUGCCGACUCGGCUCGCAGCAGCCCCCACGAGAGGCAGGGCUUCCACGGGAGAGGAGACCCCGCGCCUCGCCUCAGGUCCCGAGCCAGCCCGGCCGCGGUUUAUUCAGGUGAGCGUGCGGCGAGGGAAGCGUCGCCCAGAAGCGGGGCGGCGAUGGGGAGCGGGAUGAUGAUGCGAGGGGCCCCCGAGAGGCCCGCCAGCCAGGAAGGGGUCCGGGUGUUUGGACGGGAGGGCCAGGAGUUGCGGGCGUUCCAGUGCGAGCACUGCCGGGUGCUCUUCCUGGACCACGUCAUGUACACCAUCCACAUGGGUUGCCAUGGAUACAGAGAUCCGCUCGAGUGCAACAUCUGUGGCCACCGCAGCAAAGACCGAUACGAGUUCUCCUCUCACAUAGUCCGUGGGGAACAUACCUUCCAGUAGGAGGAUUUUUAGUGUGAAUCAAGGGAAAGACAACGAAAGGGAAAGGAGCAAUAGCCUGAUAUCCGUCCCGACUCAGACUGACUCACAGGUGGUGAACGGCACUGUAGACGAGUGUAGCACAAUCAUAGCAUUGACUUCUUUUUAAGCUACUUAUUGUGAAAAUGAACAGUUGAACAAUCAUAUGAAGGUGGGCCAAAGACACAUUUUUUCUACAUAUUUAAUUAACAUAAGAAGGAAGGUAAGUUUUUGUUUUUUUUUCUCUCAUAAUGUUCAUUAAUUGUACAACAGAGCAGCUGUCAGACGAAUUUGACUAGUUUAGUUUCACUUAUUUGGAAUCUCUUGUCCCCCUGUUGUGCUUAUUAUUACGCCUUUUGUUUCAGAAACAUGUUUUCCUUCUUGUACAAAUGCAGUUCAACCAGAUAGAAUGUACCUAAUUAACAUUGGUGACAGACGAAAAGACUUCAUGUAGUUUCUGGUUCAAACUCCAUGAUUCUAUUCAUGAGUUAUUUCAAGGACAUAAUGGCAGUAUCCUAUGGUACUGGACUGGCCCACUUACUGUGGCUCAGCAUACAGGACCCAUGCAGUUUUCGUCUUUAUUUUUAAUGAUAUUGCCAUGGGGCAGUAUUUUUUUUGUCCUUUGAAUAAUGGUGGAAUAUAUACAGUAUAAUGUCCUGGUUGAUCCAUGCUGUGUGUUCUAGCUGCAAGCAACUUGGUGUCCAUUUCUGGUUUUACCAUCAUAUUCAGCUUUUUGUUCCAAUUUCAAAGAUGUCAUUAGAAACUUUACUUUUGACCCCCCAACAAUGGACACAACAGCA